CCAAAAUAAAAACAAGGUGGUCUACGAUUAAAGGGGUCUAACUCGCGUCUCACUUACCGUCACUUUGGUUUCCAUUCCCAAGUGACGAGGGGGUGACAAUUGUGGAUGUCUUCAUGUUUCCUCCAGUUGUUUCAAGAGGCGGAAACCGCAACUCAGCUCACGGAUAAAUAAAGUGCGCACCCUGGGAGUGUCUGCAGUUAACUCGCUGUUGAGCUUCGGGCGGACGGAUGCCACUCCAUCCAUUGAGCCGGGACUCUGCAGCUUUGGAUAAGUGAAGCAGCAAGAAAACCUUGUAAAUGUUGAGAAGAGGACGAAUAGACGGCAUGUACAAAAAUGCCGGUAUGGGACAACAAUCUGGUGGAGGAAGAGGAAGUGGAAACGGAGGCACAGUGUACAGAAGCAAUAGAGUCGGCAUGAUGAGACUCGGUCGACAAGAGGUGGUAGACAAGGAGGAAGGCGGUAGUAGAGCACUUAAGUAUCAGGAGAUGGAUGGAGGAGGAGGCGAUUUAGAGAAAAACCCAAACAAUUUGAGGGUACGUGAAAAUGGAGGGGGAGCAGCCGGCGGGAGUGCACGUCAAGUGGGCGGGGAAAGGCAGAGAUAUCGUACAGCGUCCAACAGAAGAAGAGAUGGCGCUGGUGAAAAUCAGAGUUGUAACAGAGCGGCAUCAGCUUCCGCAAACAGAAACGCAACCCCGCAGGGUCCUCGUGGGACUGGUGGGAGAGGACAACAAGAGGACAGGGAAAGACAAGGACGCCGUACAUGGGAUGGUGGAAGAAGAGAGGGCGGCGGUGACAAUGGGAGUCAGAAGCAAGGGAGCUCCGCGAGGAGAGACGGAGUGCCGCAGGGUCCUCGGCUGGGCUAUAAAUCCCUGCUGGAACUUUCCGACAAGGAACCCUCUGCUGUGGCCUUCACCCUGUCCUCUCAUCCAGCGCUUCCGGGUAUGCUUCUGGAGACCGAAAUGAGGCAGGACCUUGUGGAACUCCUCUGCCUGGUGCUCAGCAAAGCCUUCAAAUCACGCUCAAACCGAGUCACAUUGCAGCGCCUGGCUAGCCUCUUAAAAGACUCUGGCUUUUUUCGCACCAUCCUGCCUCACUACCUAGCAGCGAUGAGGUCAGAGUGCAGGUUGGACCGCAGAAAACAAUACCCUUUGCACCUGGAAAACAUUCUGUUGAUUCUCACGCAGGUCCUCACCAACUUCCCCGCGAGUUCCGUCCAACCUGUCAGCUUGCUACUGACGUUGCUCCGAGCCUCCAUGGACGAACUGAGGACAGCAGAAGUCGAUGUACCGGCUGAUGUGGUGGAGAAAGUAGGGAGGCUUGAGGGUCUGGUCAAGCACCUCCAGGAGAAGUCUCGGGAAGGAACUCUUCACAAGAGCCGGGACACUUAUGGUCUUCUCCCGUUUGGCCUGUCAGAUGAAGAGGACGAGCGCCCAGUUUUCAGGACCAUGCCCAUCUACCCAACCUCGGAGGAGUUUAUCCAAGACCACAGGCCCUUCCUUAGACCAAACAUCACUUCACAGCGAUACACAAACACCCUCAUCUACCUGGACACACACUUCAGGCUCAUGAGAGAGGACUUGGUGCGGCGACUCCGUGAAGGGAUCCAGCAGUUACGGCAGAUGCAAUUGCAGGCAAACAAUACGGAUCUGAAGAAGAAGCACUUUGAUGACAUACUUGUCUAUUUUGAUGUGAAACUGGGAGCGCCCAAGUACAUGCUGACUGGUCUUGCCUAUGUUGUCCAGUUUGAUGUUGAACCACUCAAGUUUGUGCGCUGGGAGAACUCCAAGAGAUUGCUCUAUGGCUCCUUGGUCUGCCUCUCUUGUGAUAAUUUCGAGAGCUUCCUGUAUGCCACAGUGGCAGAUCGCAACCCGAAGAACCUUAUCAAGGGGCAGGUGACAGUUACGUUCAUGGGCGACAGUAGAUUCAAACUGGCCAGGAUGGAGAAUGCGCAAGAUCAGGUGUUUUUGAUGGUUGAGACCCCCGCCUACUUUGAGGCCUACCGGUAUGUUCUGGAAGGCCUGCAAGAACAAGAUGAGAAUGUACUGCCCUUUCAAAGGUAUAUCGUAGAGUGCAGCAAAGAUGUGUUGCCCCCAGCAUAUCUGCAAAGAAGCGACGUUUAUAACCUGUCAUCCAUCGCUGCACCUAACUACAAGGGGCACAUCCGGCCCUUUCACAGCCUGAAUAAAAAUGCCUGGCCUGACAAGAAACUGUUGAGCUUGGAUGAGUCCCAGAUGAGUGCCCUCCAACUGGCUCUCACUAAGGAGCUCACCAUUAUACAGGGACCCCCCGGCACUGGAAAAACCCACGUUGGAUUAAAGAUAGCACAGGCUCUUCUGGAUAAUGAAAAUGUUUGGCAAGAUCCAGGGGGAAAAGCUCAGAUGCUGGUUGUGUGUUACACCAACCACGCGUUGGAUCAGUUCCUCGAGGGGAUCUAUAAGUUUAUGCCCAGGGGCAUCGUGCGAGUGGGGGGCCGCAGCAACAGUGAACUCCUGAAGCCUUUCAACCUGAGAGAACUGGCUACUUCACUCACGUUCAAACAGCGACAGCAGUCUUACCUGCGCCACGCAUUCACAGAGAUUCACUCGGAGUUGCGUGGUUUGGAGAACAGGCUUAAGGAACACAGCCACAGAGUUCAGUGUUCUCGAACCGGUAUCCUGCAAGACGCAGUCCUCGAGAAAUUCAUGAUGGAAAAGCACUGGAGCAGUCUGCACCAACCAAUUGAUCUCGGGAUAUGGAUUGGGAAGUCAAAUUUAAUGACGGAAUGGUUAGGUUUGUUUCCUGGAGCCAUCCUGCAGAUGGAGACAGAGGACGGAAAUAUGGAUGAGGAUGAGCUCAUGACAGAGCCUGAACAAGAGGAACUCAUUGACAUCACAGAGGAGGCCGAGCUGAUCCAGGCCGACCGCAUCAUCGAGGACAACAUUGAUGCAGGACGGGGCAAGGAUCCCAAAAUGGAACGUCUCAGGGAGGCGAUGGCCCUCAAAAGAGUUCAGAAAUCUAUGCUGGCAAUGAGCAUGGAGGAGGAUGACAAAAAGCCUGAACAGACAGAGGAAGAAUGGACGCUUCAACGGGACCAAAAGCGGAAGAUGAAGCGCAAAAUUCUAAGAGAGCUGAGCGACCAGACCGCUAUGAGUGAAGCAGAGGAAAGCACAAUCCUGGAUAUUUGGGCCCUCAGCAUGGCAGACCGAUGGAGACUCUAUCGGUUGUGGAUUGUACGCUACAGAGCCGCCCUCCGUAAUGAAACGGUAAUCUACGAAGAGGAAUACCAACAGGCUGCGGAUCGAUACGCUGAAAUCAAACGCGAUGAGACUCUCACAAUUCUUCGGAUGGCCAAGGUCAUCGGCAUGACAACAACGGGGGCGGCCAAGUUCCGGAAGGUCCUACAGGAGCUGUACCCGCGUGUGGUGAUUGUAGAAGAAGCAGCAGAGGUUCUCGAGGCUCACAUCAUCACCGUGCUGAGUGAAGCAUGUCAGCACCUCAUUCUCAUUGGAGACCACCAACAGCUGCGGCCCAGUUCCACAGAGUACGACCUGGAGAAGAACUACAAAAUGGGGGUGUCCAUGUUUGAGAGGCUGGUCAAUAUGGGACUUCCUUUUGUCAGACUCAACCAACAGCACCGCAUGAGGCCAGAAAUUGCCCGCCUGCUGACGCCACACAUUUACAAAGAGCUGGAGAACCAUGACUCUGUGUUGAACUUUGACAACAUUAAGGGCCUGAAAACCAAUUUGUUCUUUGUGGAGCACAACCAACUUGAAAAACAGUUCAAGGAGGAGGGGAAAAGCCAUCAGAAUCUGCACGAGGCCACGUUUGUGGUUGCUCUUUGCCGUUAUCUUCUCCUUCAAGAAUAUAAACCAGAGCAGAUUACCAUCCUAACAACCUACACGGCGCAGUUCCAAUGUCUGCGCCGCCUUAUGCCAGCCAGCCAAUUCUCAGGCGUCAGAGUCCACGUUGUGGAUAAAUAUCAAGGAGAAGAGAAUGACAUUGUUUUGCUGUCUUUGGUGCGCAGCAACCUGCAGGGUAAAAUCGGCUUCUUGAGCAUUUCCAAUCGCGUUUGUGUCGCUUUGUCUCGGGCCAAGAAAGGUCUCUAUUGCAUUGGCAACAGUGAUAUGCUGAGACAGGUCAAGCUGUGGAGCGACAUCUUCAGCACCUUGAAGGAGAAGGAUCAGGUCGGGGGUUCCCUAACCCUGUGCUGUCAGAAUCACCCAGAGCGACAGGUCCGAGCCUCUUGUGCUGAUGAUUUCAAUCAGGCUCCUGAGGGAGGCUGCACCCAACCCUGCGAGUACCGUCUGGACUGUGGCCACGUAUGCACAAGUGUCUGCCACCCCUAUGACCAGGAACACAAAAACUACAAAUGUGUCAAGGACUGUACAAAGAUUAUAUGCUCUUUGGGACACAAGUGCCCACUUGUUUGCCAUGCAAAGUGUCCAAAGAUUUGUCCAGUCAAUGUUGAAAAGAUCAUACCUAAGUGUCAGCACAAACAGAUGGUUCCCUGUCAUCAGGACCCAGACACCUUCCUGUGCAAGACUCUUUGCCAGAAAACACUGCAGUGUGGAGAUCCCUGUGACUCGUUGUGCGGACUGCCGUGCACCAGCAGGUGCAAGGCCAAUGUUAUGCUAAAACUAAGGUGUGGCCACAGCCAGAUGGGCUCAUGUUUCUAUCAAACACAAGAAGACGAGCCUUUGUGUAAAACCCCGUGUAAGCAGCAGCUUAAAUGCGGCCACGCCUGUGGCGGAACGUGUAGUCAGUGUUACAAUGGUCGCUUUCACUUGCCCUGUUCUCGUAAGUGCGACCGUCUUCUGAUAUGUUCUCACAAGUGCGCGGGGCCCUGUACUCGCGACUGCCCCCCCUGUCAGAAGCAAUGUGAGAACUGUUGUGUCCACAGCAAGUGCAUGAAGACGUGUGGACAGCCCUGCACUCCGUGUAACGAGCCUUGUGCUUGUCAAUGCGCUCAUCAGAGCUGCACCAAGCUUUGCCAUGAGCCAUGCGAUCGGCCGCCGUGCACCCAGCCCUGUGCCCAAACCUUGGUUUGCGGCCACCCGUGCAUUGGACUGUGUGGGGACAAAUGUCCCAACAAAUGUCGUAUCUGUCACAAAGACGAAGUCACAGAGAUUUUCUUCGGAAUGGAGGAUGAGCCUGAGGCUCGCUUCAUCCAGCUGGAAGACUGUGGACACAUUAUCGAACACGUGUCCAUGGACACAUACAUGGCAAUGGAUGACGAGAAGAAGGGGAACGAAGAAGGACAGGUGGCCAUCAAGUUGAAGGAAUGUCCAAAGUGUCGAACUCCGAUUCGCAAGAACCUACGUUACGGAUCUCACAUUAACAGAAGUCUGGCAGCGAUUGAGAUGGUGAAGAAAAAGAUAAAUGGGGAUGAAGUUGACAUGAAAAACCGCAGUCAGGUGCUUGAGACUCCUCUGCUGAGUCUACGUAACCAAGGUUUGCUUGAGGAAGACCAAUACCUGCAUAUCCAUCGCAUUCUGACCAGCGACUGCAUCACGGCAAAUGACAUAUGGGUCCUGGAGAACAAGCUGAACUUCCUGACAAAGAUUCAGAAAUUACUGACGUUUGUACGAGAUCAGACAAACGCUGAAGUUGACGAGUUCAGGAAGACGACCGACAUCUUCCUGUUGUGGGUCAAUAACUCCAACCAGAAAUUCACUGAGCAGCAGAUAUUUGAUUUACAAAGGGAGGUGCAGAGACUCGUGCUCUGGGCAGAAUUCAUCACCCUUUACAGCACAGCAGUGAAACAAGGGAAAAGUAACUAUAUUGAAACCGAGAAACAGAUAGUGGAUGAAGCGUUGGGAAAGCACGGCCAAUUCACCGAGCUCGAUGAGCGAGGAGCGAACGAGGCCAUGAAGGUGAUGAAGCAAAAGGUGCCCGUCACAGGUUUGAGGAUCAGCGAUGAGGAGAGAAAGAUGAUCGUUUCGGCCAUGAACAUGCGGUCUGGACACUGGUAUCAAUGCCCCAAUGGCCACAUCUACGUUAUCACGGAGUGCGGUGGGGCGAUGGAGGCUCGACGCUGCACCGAAUGUGACGCUACCAUCGGCGGGAGUAACCACAGGCUGGCCAGCGGCAACACAGUUGCGUCAGUGAUGGAUGGGGCGCGGCACGCCGCUUGGUCCGAAGCCAACAACCUCAUGAACUUCCAAGAUCUUUAUUUAGACUAAGCUUUUUUUUUUUUUUUCUUUCUUCCAAUUUCUAAAGUCCAGUGAACCUUCACCAUUUGCAUUGAUUAGGGUUGGGACUAAUGCUUGAUGUGAGUAGAAAUCUCAUGCUUUAUAUUUGUCACAAACAACUCAUGAUUGCUAGUACCUGCGCUAUUACCAGCUGAUCCGCUAUUAACGUGCACCGCUGCCAGUUAUGUCUGAGACCUGUUUCUGCAUCAUCCGGAGAGGUUUACCGGUCCGGUUUCUCGAGCGGAGCUUUGCCAACCUGCCGGUCGCUGUUGGAAUCUUCCAUUCUGUUUGCAGUUGAGCUGGCUAGCUUGUUAGUAGUAAAUGCUAACAUGAGAUCUUAAAAGGAUGAGGGGAAAAACAAACAAACAAACAAAAAAAAAACAAUAUUAAACAAACUAUUUCUGUUAAAUAUUAUUUAUUCAACGGAAAAAUAAGCCGGUGAGCAGAGUGGAAAUUCACGAUUUGUACACAGAUGUGUGAAAUUUGUGAUGAAAUUUUGGUCCUCAAUUCACCUACCGAGCAUUUGUGGACUCUAUUCCACCUGACUUAUUGUGAGGAAGCGAGGUGUUCUCCGCAGGAGACGGCUCAAGUCGAACAUGAAAGCGUCUGACUGAAAUCUCAUCACCACGUGAACUGUGGUACAAUAAAUUGACAUGCAUAAAACAAAAGUGGUCACUCCGAUGUCGUAAAUUGUGUCGCUUUUGUGGUAUUGUUGUAAUUGCUUCUACUCCUUCCUUGGUUGUGCCUGCUGUGGUUUUUUUGUGUGAAUGCACGUGGGUCAAUUUGACCCCUUCCAUGUUUAGUCAUCAAUGAAGUAAAUAAAAAGAAACCAAAAACAUCAAA